GUUGCUCGUCCUCGCGUGGUCCUAGUCUGCGCAGACUCCGUGUUGCCUUCCGGUGGCCCAGGCGGUCCUACAGCGCCAGCUCGCCCGCCAGCCAUGUCGAGUCCCGGUAGCCGCAGGUUCAAGACCGGGGACCUGGUGUUUGCCAAGGUGAAGGGCUAUUACCCCUGGCCUGCCAGGGUCGAGCACAUGGCCCAACCCAACCGGUACCAGGUGUUCUUCUUCGGGACCUACGAGACGGCCGUCCUGAGCCCCAAGCGCCUCUACUCGUACAAGGAGUUCAAGGAGAAGUUUGCCAAGGCCAGCAAGCGCAGAGGCUUCAAUGUGGGACUGUGGGAGAUCGAGAAUGAUCCCAGGAUCAAGGCGAACAACCAGUUCCUUGCGGCGCUGGCAGCAGAAGAGAAGGAGGGGGUCGGCUGCGCCAACGCCCGUGACCCCAUUCCGGAGCCUGAGCUGGAUCCGGAGCCAGCCGAGGAGCAGCAGAAGGAGGUACUUCUGAAGCGGAGGAUCGGGGACCCGCCUGGGGACACCCCCAAACGGUCCAAGGCCUUAGUUCUGGAUGGCGCGGGGGAAGAAGUGGAGGAGGCCAAGACCGAUGAGGCACAGGCCAGGGAGGAGCGUGAGGAGGAGGCGGAAGAGAAGGCCAACGCCCCGGGUUGCCUGUAGUCCCUGCCUUUGGAAAGAGCCCUGCACCGUCCCUGGUGGAUGAAGAAACCCACCUCACCCUGUAUCGCGAGACCCCUUCUCCCACCCCAACUGCUCCCUCCUCCACUCACUCAAGCCCUGCCCCGGAGGAUGGGGCAAACCACUUGCUACUGGAUGGGACAGGCUACUUAAUGCUACAGGUUACUUAACGAAACAGGCCACCCUGAAAAGAUGGACCACCUAGAAUGGACAGGCAGCUAGAUGGGGCAGGCUAUGUAAGAGAAACUGGAUUCCUAGCAGGAACAGGCCACCUGGAGGGCAUGGACCACCUGGAACAGACAGGCCAGCUGGAUGGGACAAGUCACCUGGCUCUCACCUACCUGAUCGCCAUCCCUGUGAUCUGAGUCAAGACCCCUACUGCCCAGCAUGAGAUGUGGCCACCAUGCCUCUUGGGAACUAGAACUGCUUCUCAACGCUGCUGCCUAACCGGAACAGGCUCUUUCUACCUCCUAACACCCCGUUCCCCUCCCCUAGGCAUCCUGCAAAUCUGCCUUGGAAUCAGUUAGGAGUAAAAGGGAGGAUAAAAGUGCAGAGGUAGCUUCUGGGAACCUGGGAGGGGCACUUGCCAAACUGCAGUGGUGGAGGAGGUGGAGGGUGAUCUCUAACUGCUGUGCUCCUCCUCUCCCUCCAAAACCUGCCCAGUUUUACAGAUUAAAGAAAAGUGGGGCAGCUAUUAGGAGCCUACGGCCUUCCCUCACUACUCCUUAUGCCGUUCAUGGAGUCUUGAGAGUCAUUUUUUUUCUUGAAAACACUUGGGACGCCUGAGUAUUUUUGAGAUCUGAAGGAGUGACUUUGCCAGUGAGGGAUUUGGCUGGGUUGGGAGGGGUGAGGAAGAGGAGUCUCCAUCCAGAUACUUGAGACCACCUACUAGAGGCCUUGGGGAAACUUCUGGCUGCCUAUUUCUAACUCCUCAUAGCCUGAAGCCCACCAUAAUUACGUAACAUUUGGACAUGAAAGGCACAGAUUUAGGCAGCAUUUUUAAUAAAAGGAAGUUUUUUUGUUUUUUUUUAAAUAAGAUCUAACCGUGGCUGUGCCUUUAUUCUUCUCCCAGCUGUCUCACUGAUACACCUAUAGAGGUUCCCUUUCUGGGGUUCAAUGAGCUUGUCAUAGAAAUUCAGGUUUUGGCAUUUUGUGAGGUGUUAAUUUGGUCUAUUCAGUAUAGUCACCAGAUCCCACAAGUAAUCUGAAAAGGCAAAUAAAUGUCCCCUCCCAAACUCUUCCUCAUGGGCUCUCUAUGCCUUUCCUCAUCUCUUCUGGCUUUUACUCUGCCCUCUUCCCUUGGGCUCUGAUGAAAAUGGUUG